UCCGCCUCUGCCCCGCCCCUUUUCCCCUCAUUUCUGAGCCAUCCUCAGAGAGAUUCCAAUUAAACCAGCCUGGGCUCCCUCGUGCUUCUUGCUUCCGGGUUCGCUUGUAUUUGUUUAUUAUUGACCGUUUUGCAGGGCAGGGAGGCCGCCGAGUCCCUUGCACUUGUCCUUGUUGCUGCCUGUUUACUCGGAAGCAAGCUUCGCUGCCCUGAAAUGAGCUUCCUCCCGAGUAAGUGUGCGCUGGCUGCCUGCAGCCUUUAGAGUAGGCUUGGCUUGCUUCCUUCCUUUGCUUCAUCCCUCCCUCCUCUUCUCAUAGAAUGACCUGAUGCAUAGAGAGCAUCAAGCCCUGGCACGCUGCAUGUCAUCCAAGGAAACCGGAGGAAUAUUAUUUUAGAUGGGAAUGAAUGAGCUUAGGGGGUGUGCAGUUGCCUAAAUUAAUGCAUAUAUGUACAAAUUAUGCAUCCUGUCUAAAUGAUGCCAAGAGAACAACCCAGGAUGACACUGGAGCCUAGUCCUUGAGUUGAUAGCCGUUAGCCACCAACCUUAAAUUCUAGACCUUUUACAUGACUUAGCGCCAAAAGGAGAGCAUUGCAUGUUUAUAUCUUUGAUUUGUAUCCUUGCCAUUCAAGGACCUGUGGGCUGAGCCCAUUUUACAUCCAGGAGAAGCUAAGGCUGAAAGAGCUUCUGAUUUCCUUCACCCAGCAGACUUUGAACCUGACGCUCAUUGCUCUGAGAGCUGGUGGCCUAUCCCCCUCCUGCAACUGUGCACAUACGUGAGUGGCCUUCAGGUCACCAUCUCUGUCUAUGCCCAGGCGUCCUGCCCUUUCCCUGGGGCGUCUUGCAAUGGACAGUGUGCGGUGGGCCUUUUCCUAUUCUGCCUGGGCCCCCUGUCGGGAGGACUGGUUGCUGGCCAUGCGCCUCAUACAGCCUGAAGAGAAAGAGCGCAUUGAACAGUUUGUCUUCAGCCGUGAUGCCAAAGCUGCUAUGGCUGGCCGUCUGCUGAUAAGGAAAUUAAUUGCAGAGAAGCUGAAGAUCCCUUGGAAUGAAAUAUGGUUGCAAAGGACUUCAAAAGGCAAGCCGGUCCUUGCAAACAACUUGAGCAGCAGCAGCCAUUCCCGUUUCAGCUUUAAUGUUUCCCAUCAAGGGAAUUAUGCCGUUCUUGCAGCUGAGCCUGACUGUCAGGUUGGCAUUGAUAUUAUGAAGACUGCCCUGCCAGGUAGUGGUUCAGUUCCCCACUUCUUUCAUAUUAUGAGGCGACAGUUUACGGAGGAAGAAUGGAGGGUCAUUACAUCCAUGAAUAAUGAGUGGCUUCAGUUGGAUAUGUUCCACAGACACUGGGCAUUAAAAGAGAGCUUUAUCAAAGCCAUUGGGGUUGGAAUAGGUUUCGAUCUUCAACGGAUUGAGUUUCAUGUCUCCCCACUGCAGCUGGAAGUGGAGAAAACAUAUAACGAGACAAUUAUGCUCUUGGAUGGUGAACAAGAAAAGGAGUGGACUUUUGAGGCACCCUACACCACCGUGACCCCGCCUGCGUUUACAAAAUUGACUUUUCAUGACCUGGUUGCCUCGGCAGUUCCUCUUGCUGCUGAAGACCCUGCUUGCUGGGAUAACUUUUGUUCUAGGCAGGAAUCGCCAGCACGACAGAGUUCUAAUCCAAGAUGAGAGCAGCUGUGAUCGCAAGAAAAUAAGUUGAAAGCCUUUAAAACCCACCCACUGUUCCUCUUCCAACAGUCAGUUUACCUGUUUGUUUUGGGGGAGAGGACAGUGCUUGGAAAAAAAUGAUUACAGCUCCCUUCCGUUUGCACCACUUUGCCUGCUUUAUAUGGAAUGCUUUCUGCUUCAAAUAACGCUGGGACUGGAUUCUGAUGAGAAAAGCUGGAGAUUUUUCUGCUUUCUACCCACGCAGGUGUGAUUAUCCAGCUUCUCAGUCUCCCCUUGUAAUGAUGGAGAUGGCAUGGCCCAUAAUAAAGAACUUGGCACAAUCAUGUCCUCCAAACAAAAAUCUCCUGUAAUAUGCACCACAAGGCCAACAGGCCACACUGUAAGUACGUCACCCCUGUUGGUUUUUGUGUAACAACGCUAGUCAAACAAGAAAGAAAUUUUUAAAAGCUUGUGGAAAAUCAAGAAACAAGGUGGGUAGUUCGAUUAUUGGACCAUUAAAAAUUCAGAAAUGGAUGAGUUUUAUAGAACCCUUCAUCAGGCUGGGCAUGGCAGACCUGGGAAGUAGGAAGAGAAGUAUAGUGCAAAAACUAUACUGACUAGAGGUGAAGCUUCAAGUGCUGUGGUUUAAACAGAGGUCCGAAUUGCAGGCUGCAAACUUAAAAAGAUCAGUUUGAAGUGUAUUGGUAUUUCUAGGUAUCACUUCAGGCAUUGAUAGUCAGAGGGCGACCACAUGGGCAUUUAGCCAAUUGUUUGGUCCACUGCAGGGAUGGGUUAGUUCGCUCCUAAAGAUGGAAAUCAGAUGACCUUUUUGCCAGAACAAACCAGCCGAUCCCCCAGAGUGAUUCUACCUGUACUUUUCUGGUGCCUGUUGGGGGUUCUACAUUUCUUAUACAGGUAGGAUCAUUCUGUUUUGGUUCACUUCCAGCAUCCUGGUCAGGUUCCAGGGAGCAGAUAGCUCAUUCUUUCAAAGUGCAAGCUUCUCCUAAGCCCUUUUAUAUCCUUACCUGGCUAUCCUUCCCACAGUUCAUUCCCCCGCUUACAGCUGUAGAAAAUAUCCACUGGGAGAUCACGGGGCCAGUGGUUUCAUGGAAACUACAUAUGUUUGAAUGUAUAACCUUUAUUUUUUCUGAGUGUCUCAACAUAGGAUGGAAAAGAUAAUAAUGCUAGGAAAAGUUGAAUGCUAGGAAGGUUGUAGGAAAAGAAGAAAACCAAAUUUGAGAUGGAUUGUUUCUAUAAUGGAAACCAUAGUCCUUUAUCAGUUAUGGCUGUUUUGGACAAGAUAUUUGCUCUAAGUGGAAAGUGACUUGACAGCAUGUAACCACAACCACAACCUUUUUUUCCAUUUACUGUCUAAUAUGGGUGACUAAAUUGUCAGAAAUCAAUCGAACUGUGUUUGGAAUGAGAUGUUUUGUUUGUACAGCAAGGGUGCAAUAAAGACAAGUUCCUUUCUGAUA